AUGGACACUCCAUUGUUAUUGGAGAGGGAUGCAGCAGAGUUGUACACGCGAACAAUGUUUUAUGAGGUACAGAGUGAGAUAAUGUCAUCUUGUUAUGAUAUGAGUAUCAACAGUAUAUCAGAAGAAGAUGGCGUGAAGAUUUUUUCCAUAAAGGACAAAAAGAGACAUGGAAAAAUAUUUAAGGUGAAACACGCUUAUUUGAACAAUGACGUGCAAUGUACGUGUAGGCUGUUUGAGAAAAUGGGUAUAGUAUGUAGACAUGGUUUUUUUGCACUGAACCAAGCUGAUGUAACAAAGAUACCAAGACAUCUUGUUGUGAACCGAUGGACAAAAGGUGCUGAGAUGAGGCAUUCAUUACAGUUCAAGGAAAUAUCAGAACAGUGCAAUGCAAUUGAAGUUACAAAUCAUAAGUUGAAUGACAUAUGGUAUGAUUUCCAAUCCUGUGUGAGUUUGGCAGGUUUAGAUGGUGAGAGACUUGACUACCUGGAAGGGAAGUUGAAGGAGCUGAAGCACAGUUUGCGUGAAUCUAGUUGGAAAUCUGACACACAGAACAAAAAUGAUGUAAUGGAGUUUUUUGUUGGCUCAAAAAUACCAGCGGAAGUGAUCGUUAAACCUCCCAUUAAAGGUAGAAACAAGGGGUGUGGACGGAGAAUUGUUGGUGAUUAUGAGAAAUCACUUACUCAACGAAAAAAGAAGGUGCCAAGGCUGUGUAAUAUGUGCAAAAAAAUCGAUUUCCAUGACGCACGGACAUGCCCAUUAAAGAAAACAGUACAGGAAAGUGAUGUUUAA